GGGAAAAAGCGUCUCUGCUCCAGGAUAUUAGCUUUAGAGAUUUGCAGGGCGGUUAGAAAUCCCACUAUUGCAUUCUUUUAGGGUGUCCAGCACUCAGAGAAGCUAAGUAUGGCCGCGGAUGUUCCCCCUACUCUCUCUAUCCAGCUGAUGGAAGAGCCCAGAUUGUUGAAGCUGAAGAAGAUGUUCAUCUCUAAAUUUCAAUCAGCCCCCAAGUUUUAUGCUCGAGCACCAGGAAGAGUCAACUUAAUAGGUGAGCAUAUUGAUUAUUGUGGCUACGCUGUGCUUCCAAUGGCUAUAGAGCAAGAUAUACUUAUAGCCGCUGAACCUGUAAGCACUCCAGUUAUCCAUCUGGCCAAUGCCAACCCCCUGUACUUGGAUUUUAGUACUAAUGCUAACAACAUUGAGAUUAAUCAAACCAAACCUUUGUGGCACAACUACUUCCUGUGUGGAUUCAAAGGAAUUGAGGACCAUUUCAGUCUUGACAGCCCAAAUGGAAUGAAUUGCCUAGUAGAAGGCACCAUCCCGGCAAGUUCUGGUCUCUCCAGCUCCAGUGCUUUGGUGUGCUGCGCAGGACUUGUGACCCUUCUGGCAAAUGGAAAAUCUCUUCCAAAGGUGGAACUGGCCGAACUUUGCACCAAGAGCGAACGUUACAUUGGCACGGAGGGCGGCGGCAUGGACCAAUCCAUCUGCUUCCUUGCAGAAAAAGGAACGGCCAAGCUGAUAGAGUUCAGUCCUUUGAGGGCAACGGAUGUGAGGCUUCCAACAGGAGUGGCUUUUGUGAUUGCAAACAGUUGCGUUGAAAUGAAUAAGGCAGCAACUUCUCAUUUCAAUAUAAGGGUGAUGGAGUGUCGUCUAGCCGCAAAGCUUUUAGCAAAAUCCAGAGGCCUAGAUUGGAAAACGAUGGCAAAGCUCCAGGAUGUGCAAGUCGCACUGAAACUACGCCUGGAGGAAAUGCUGGCUGUUGUCGAGGAAGUAUUUCACCCCGAGCCUUACAGCAUAGAGGAAAUUGGAGAACACCUUGGAAUUAGCCCCAAAGAACUACGCACUCAGCUCCUCAGUCAGAACACAAAGGAUGUGGCCGUCUUUAAAUUGUCCCAGCGUGCUAAGCAUGUGUAUGGCGAAGCUGCCAGAGUUCUAGAGUUUAAGAAGAUAUGUGAUGAGGCCCCUGCGGAUGCCGUCCAGUUGCUGGGGGAUUUAAUGAACUGCAGCCAUUCCAGCUGCAGGGACCUCUAUGAAUGCAGCUGUCCUGAACUGAAUCAGCUGGUGGACAUCUGUCGGCAGUCUGGAGCAGUUGGGUCACGCCUGACGGGGGCAGGAUGGGGUGGCUGCGCUGUCUCAAUGGUUCCUACAGACAAGCUGGAGGGAUUCCUAGCCAGUGUAAAAGAGGCUUACUACAAGAACAGAGACCAAAGGUUAGCCCUGGAAGGAAACAGCCUGUUUGCAACCAACCCAGGGGGUGGAGCUAUGGUUUUCCUUGAGGCCUAAAGGGUGCCAAAUUUUUAGAAAGAAUUACUUGGUGCAUUGGGGAAUUCGCAGAACCUCCUCGGCCACAUUAAACAAAAUGCUUUUUGUUGAUUUUUAUUAUAAUGUUAUAAUGUUAUGAUCAGGAUGCAUAAAAUAUGAAUCUAUUAAUUUUUUCUAAUGUAUUUUUUUCCUCUGCUAAAAAUGUGCUUCCAACAAAGAAUCCAAAAUGCUGAUUUUUUUCUGGACUUUGCACUACAGAAGUUGAUUUGCUAAAAGCCUAUUCAUUAAGCAAAAUGAAAUAAACCAGAUUUAGAAUAAAAAGCUGUUUUAUUGAC